CGAGGGUCAGUUCCUGGACGCGGCGCUCUGGGAAGCGGCAGCGGGAGGCCGGCGGAGGCUGUAGUUCUGAAAGGUGUAGUGAGAAAUCAGCGACUAUUAUCAAUUCUACAAGAUGAGUAACAGCCACCCUCUUCGCCCCUUUACUGCAGUGGGGGAAAUCGAUCAUGUGCACAUUUUGUCUGAACAUAUUGGUGCCUUGUUGAUUGGGGAAGAAUAUGGUGACGUCACAUUUGUUGUGGAAAAGAAACGUUUUCCUGCCCACCGGGUAAUUUUAGCAGCGAGGUGCCAAUAUUUUCGAGCAUUGCUGUAUGGCGGAAUGCGGGAAUCGCAGCCGGAAGCAGAAAUCCCUCUCCAGGACACCACUGCGGAAGCCUUCACGAUGCUGCUCAAGUACAUCUACACUGGGCGGGCGACACUGACGGAUGAGAAGGAGGAGGUGCUGCUGGACUUUCUGAGCCUGGCUCAUAAAUAUGGAUUUCCAGAGCUAGAGGAUUCUACCUCUGAGUAUCUCUGCACCAUCCUCAACAUUCAGAAUGUCUGUAUGACUUUUGACGUUGCCAGUCUCUACUCAUUGCCGAAGUUAACUUGUAUGUGCUGCAUGUUUAUGGACAGAAAUGCUCAGGAGGUGCUCUUGAGUGAAGGCUUCCUCUCCCUUUCUAAGACAGCACUUUUAAACAUCGUAUUAAGAGAUUCAUUCGCAGCUCCCGAAAAAGAUAUUUUCCUAGCCUUGUUAAACUGGUGUAAGCACAACUCAAAGGAGAAUCAUGCAGAAAUCAUGCAGGCUGUGCGUUUGCCUCUGAUGAGCCUCACCGAACUGCUCAAUGUUGUGAGGCCUUCGGGACUGUUGUCUCCUGAUGCCAUUCUGGAUGCUAUUAAAGUUCGAUCAGAGAGCCGGGAUAUGGACCUCAAUUACAGAGGCAUGCUCAUACCAGAAGAAAACAUUGCAACUAUGAAGUAUGGAGCCCAGGUUGUAAAAGGGGAGUUGAAAUCUGCCUUACUAGAUGGUGAUACUCAAAAUUAUGAUCUGGAUCAUGGAUUUUCCAGGCAUCCAAUUGACGACGACUGCCGUUCUGGCAUCGAGAUUAAGCUAGGUCAGCCGUCGAUUAUCAAUCACAUACGGAUACUCCUGUGGGACCGAGAUAGCCGGUCUUAUUCAUACUUCAUUGAAGUGUCGAUGGAUGAACUUGAUUGGAUCAGAGUGAUUGAUCAUUCACAGUAUUUGUGUCGUUCUUGGCAAAAGUUAUAUUUUCCAGCUCGUGUCUGCAGGUAUAUUCGAAUAGUUGGGACUCACAACACAGUGAACAAGAUUUUUCACAUUGUGGCUUUUGAGUGUAUGUUUACAAACCAAACCUUCACUCUCGAGAAGGGCCUGAUAGUUCCUAUGGAGAAUGUUGCAACGAUUGCUGAUUGUGCCAGUGUGAUUGAAGGAGUCAGUCGGAGCAGAAAUGCCUUGCUGAAUGGGGACACCAAGAAUUAUGAUUGGGAUUCUGGCUACACAUGCCAUCAGCUGGGAAGCGGGGCCAUUGUGGUUCAGCUGGCACAGCCAUACAUGAUCGGGUCUAUACGGUUAUUACUUUGGGACUGUGACGAUCGGAGCUACAGCUACUACAUUGAGGUUUCCACCAACCAGCAACAGUGGACCAUGGUGGCCGACAGAACUAAAGUCUCCUGCAAGUCGUGGCAGUCAGUAACUUUUGAAAGACAGCCUGCCUCCUUCAUCCGAAUCGUUGGAACACACAACACAGCAAAUGAGGUGUUCCACUGUGUCCACUUUGAGUGUCCGGAGCAGCAGAGCAGCCCGAAGGAAGAAAACAGCGAGGAACCGGGGACAGGGGACACCAGCGCAGCCGGUCAACCACUCGAGCCCCGUGCCCUGCAGGCCCCCAGUGGCAACUCACUGCCCUCCAGCCCAGGUUCUCACUCUCGCUCAUCCAGCCGGCAGCACCAAUAAAGGGGCCCUGAUGGGCAAUGACUCGGUGGGCCCAGGUGUUCCGGAUCUUUUGGAAACGCCCACGCAGCACAUGGCGUGCUUUCAUCCCUUUGACACUGUAAUUCUCCUUCCUUGGUUUUGAACGGUUAAGCGUGGGGUGGAGCGGGAAGCACGUGCCCGUCUUUUGAGCGAGGCACAGGUGCCGCCAUCGUGACACCUGGCUGACAAGAAAGCUCCUCUGAGGAAGUUAGCAAAGCACAGGAGCCACACAGCCUCUGGGCACUGAGGAGCCGUCGCCGGCUGCUGGGCAUUAACCUGCGUCUGAGACGAACCUGCCUGCGGGAGGACAAGGAGACGGUCCCUGUGCCACCCGCUGACCUGAGUUCGGAGGCCUGUGUGUGAAGCUGUACCAGCUUCCUGUCUGCGAGGGUAGGGGGCAGCCCUGCAGUGUCAGGAAUGCAAGCACACGGCGUCCUCUUCAGCAGUUGCCGUUUGUCCCCCAGACAGGACUGAAGAAAAAGCAGUUCUCAGACGCCUUCCUCCUCACUGAAACUCCUGUCUGCCCGCUCGUGCCGUCUGGGCUGUUGUAUCUCUGACUCAGUCAUCUCCAUUCUUAGGUGUUUCCUGAUCUGCAGAGAUCUCCCUUGACUCGCUGGCUGGCUGGCCAGUCCACUAGAAGCUCCCCCACUGUGACCCACUGUGGGGGGCUUCUAGGGGUCCUUUUUUUGGCUAUGUAGACACACGUUGGUUGUGGGUGUACAAAGAGCUUUCUCCUGUGUAACCGAGUUGAGUGGCUGAUGGGAUGGUGGGGUGGCAUCGAGUGCAGGACUUGGGGGGGGAGGGCUCUUGUCCCCAGUGUGAGAGCGGCCUGAAGGAGAAGCCCUGUGGUCUCCCACACUCCCUGCCCCUCACUCUCUGAUCUCUGCCCCUCCCCUGGUGUAGGAUGAGCGGGAGCCCUGAGGCUGCCAGGCCUUUGAUAAUGGGAGGGAGGCUCCUGUAGCCAGUGGCGGCCGCUGCCUCUGUCAGCAUCCAGCCCUAGGUCGCCUGUCAGCUGGGAUUCCUGCCCACUCAGCAACCUCUCCAGCUGCACAAUCACUGGGCAGCGGAGGGGUCAGAGCAGCGAGUGCAAAUGCUUUGAGAGGCUCACCUGUCGAAGGGCCUCUCUUUAAACUCUGAAAUUACCUGUCCAGAGAGGAGCCCGGGCUGAGGCCACAGCGUGGACCCAGGGAUGCGGGGUGGGCUGGAAAAGGAUCUGUGGGCUCCACUGCCCACGCAGCACACCCCAGGCCAGGCCCAGGGACUAUAUACUGCUAGCAGCUCAGCUUCACACCACUGUGUCACCCAGUGGUGCCCUUCCCUGGCCAGGCUCACCUCCUCCCUGCCGGCUCCUGGGAAUUCCCUUUGGCGUUUGCACCUCCCCAAUCUCUGCCCUAGGUUCCCCCCUCUCUACCCCCAUCCCCCGCUCUUCUGGCACUUCAGGUGCUCCUAUUAUCAGAUGAAGGGAAGGAAGGGGAAACCAAGGCAGUCUGACAAUGUGAUGGUAGGGAGGCGCUCUCACCAAGGUUCCACCUGGACCCCUCCCUGAAGCCGCUAGCUUGCCCUGCCUAGGUCCCGGCCUGUCUGGAGGCCUCGAAGGCAUGGAAGCUGCUCUGGGCCCCAGGCCUACUGGGACAGAGCUCAUCAAAUCCUGCUCGGGCUGCCUCCUGGGACUAGGCUGGGGCUCUGCCUUCCCUGACGGGCCUUCUGACCAGGGAGCAGGAGGAGCUCUCUCUCUGUGAGCUGGCUGGGCCAGGGUCUUCGGGCGGGGGCUGGAGACCCCACUCGAGGUAUGUCACAGCAGACAUGCCCAGACCGAGGCCUGGACCUCGGGGGAGUGAGGGAUGAAUGGGGAACCACGCAAAGUCCCCAGACGACUGGCGUUCCCCAGAGCCCUGAGUGGGCCUGCUGAGGGCUUCUCCCCUGUGGCCACCUGGGCCAAAAUGGUCCCAAAACAGGAAGAGACCAAGGGAGCUAACUGGGGUGCGGGUAGCAAGCUGGGCUGGCACUCAGUGGAAGGGUUCCCAGACACCCUCAAGUCCUCAGCCCAGCAGAAGGUGGAGGCUCAUUCUGUCCACUGGCGGCUGUGAGGUUCGAGGAAGGAGCCUCGGCCAGGCCGUGGGCAGGGCAGGGCUGAUGAGGGGCUGCAGCUCCCUCACCUUUAAGGAUAGUCUGGGUGGUGUCUGGUUUGAGGAAAGGUCAGGUGAGGCUGGACCCUCAGUGGAGGUGGACAGAGGGGUGCUUGUGACCUCUGGCCCGUAUUGUGACGCUUGUCAGUUACAAAGUAAAACAGCAACUUUGUCACUACCACCCAGGUCAGGAAAUAGGGCACCCCCAGAGGGAAAGGGCUUGGGGGAGCCUUCAAAAUCACCUUCUGACAGCUCCUGAAAGGGCCAGCAGGGCAGCAUUGAGCACGCCAGGGGGCCUGUGUCACUCAGGGCAGGGCAGGCACCCUGGUCAAGAUACUCCUAAGAGCUGCCAAUUUGAAGUGGGUGUAAUAGUGUAAUGCACAGCUGUCCGCACGCACACACCCAGUCUCCCGUGUUCUCAGUGCUUGUUCUGUUUUUCUCCCAAUUUUAGAACCAAGAGCCCAUGAUGAAUGUGGGACUCUUCUCAAUCGCUCUCUAAAUUGUCACUUUUAAAUCUUGUUUAAUGACAAAUACAUUAAAAGUGUUUUAUUCUUA